AUGAAUAUUGCAAUAAAGUCCCGCUUUUUUCCACUCUCCAGUAAUUUGCAGAUUUUGGCAUCUUCAGUUAGAAAUUCUUCAACAACUUCUAACGAUAAAAAAUAUUCUCUUGAGAAUAUUCCAGAGCCAGUAAUUAGUUCUUUAAAUACAGCACAAUUUCGUAGAGGAACUGGUGGACGUAAUAGUUUCACGGGCAAUGUUGUUUCAGUAUUUGGCGCUUCUGGUUUUACCGGCCUCAGUGUUAUUAAUCGUUUAGCCAAACAAGGAAAUCAAAUUAUUAUUCCCUAUCGUUGUGAUGCUUUCUUUGUUAAAGAAUUGAAGGUUUCUUGUGAGCUUGGACAAAUUCUUUUCUUUCCCUUCCAACCAACUGAUGAAGAUAGCAUUCGAAAAGCAGUUAAAUACAGCAAUGUUGUUGUUAAUUUAAUUGGUGCUUAUAUUAACACACCGUAUGGAUUUUUAAAAUUUUUUUAA